UCUUAGGGGUUUUCGUCCACCUUUCGGCGGAAACCCCGUCACUGUGCAUCGCGCUCGCGUUGUUGUUGUGUGGUGCCAUCGCUGCCGGUGAAGCACGUUCCCGCUCUGAACAUCAGCAAUAGAUUCGCAGCAACCUUCGCCGGGAGUGGACGUGUUUUCCAAUCGGCUUCACCGGUCAAUUCCAUGCGGUGGUAGACUGCUUAUGCGGUCAAAGUUUGUUUUUGAAACUGGGAUACCGGAGGAGGAUAUUUGCUCGUUCGGUCGUGUGCAGUUUCUCGCGCUGAGUCGUUGUGGAAAAUUUAUUUUUAAUUGAGUGAACGGCCAGAAGUUUGCCGCAACGCUGUUUGGUGCAACAGAUCAGAUGAUGAAGAGAAGAGCAAACACCUGGCACCGAGCGAUGAUGGAUUAUUAAUUGUGAUACAGUCCGGCGGUUGCAACUAGUGAAGGAGACGCUUGGUAGAUUUAAAUUUUCCAUCGGUCGAAACAUAGAAGUUGGGUGAGCUAAUAGAAAUUAGUGAAAGAGAAUCGUGAAAGCGAUGAAUUAAAAAUAGUACUCUGUGAGAGAGAGAAGCCUGCGGUGCAAAUUCUGGAAUCAUGAUUAGUGCGAAGACGAAACGUGGAAGUGUAUCCAACAGUGCAUUAUUGCUUGGGUAUUGAAGAGAUGUAGCGAGAAAUGCAAACGAAGAGUGCUGAACAGUGAGAAAUGCUGAAAUUUGAUACUUUUAAAAUACGAUACCCGCGCACAGUUGGUGGUUCGUACGUGCGAAGUUCAAAGAUCCCUUGACUCUGGCGGUGUGGUGACCAAUAACCAGAACGGUAUAUCGAAAUUUUUGCGCGAAACAGUGUUGUUUGUAAAUAUCGGACGAAGGUAUUACACACGCAGUAGGGAAUUGGCAAAUUUAGCGCCUUUAUGAAACAGUUCGCGUCUUGAUCAAUUUUAUCCAAGCAUAGGUACUAGAGUUUGGAUAAUAGUGAACACACAACGUCGGUUAUAAUUUUGAAAUAUGAGACUGAAUAGUGCUGUGAGAGAAUGAACAUUGGACAUUAGGCAAUAUUAAUCGUGUAGAAAUAGGAGGAAUAAUCGAAGUGACAGCCUGAGUUGAGCUUUAAGAUGUCAAUUAUCUUUAAUCGAUAAUUGGAAACUGUCAAUUUAGAUCAACUUAUCAAAUGGAGCACGACAAGAAUUCGGUGCAGUGAAGUGGCGCAAAAUGCCUCAACACAUUCAUUGGACAACUGCUUCGAUACAUUUGAACGAAGUUAUGAUAAGCAACUCUUCCGGUAUUAGUCUCGCACCAGUAGUAGAUCUAACAUCAAAUAGAAGGAAAGAAUGAAACAAAAAUACACAAAUCACUCGUGGAAGACAACGGAUCAAAUUACAUCCAUAUCCAAACCACAUUCUUCACGCGUAAUCAAUCGAAUGGAAUCUUAAUUUCAAAAUCAAAACUCUUUACCCGCUCGAUUAGACCGCGUGGGAUCACCUGCUAAGUAUUCGUUUCUCUCCUUUUUCGGGUUCUGUUUUGAUCGGUAUUUAAUCCACUGUGCAACCGAACGGUUGAGAUUAGUGACGACAUAUUCUGCGCCGUAGGAAACAACUACCGAAAAAAUAAACCCCGAACGGUGGAACAGUGAAACGCAACAAAAGGGGGAAAACCCGAGCUGUUCGCGCCCUCAUUCAGCACAUCGCGUCCUGCUGUUAUGCUACCAUGUGAAAAGGAUCCAAUUUCAAGCACUGAACGCGCGUGACGCCGUCGUGAGAGUUACAAAUUGUCACAUUCGCAACCUGCAAACCGGUGGCCGAUGGAUCUAGUGAUGGCCGCUGCAUCUGCGACCACAUCGGCAUCGAAGAGCUGUUCACCCGCACCGCACCGGAUUAAGGUCAAAAAGGAGAUUUGCAGCGAGCCGGACAACAUCAAGGACUUUGCCGAGACGGCUAUGAACGACAUUCUCGGCUGGUACGGCUACGGGGACAGUGUGGAUCAUCGUCUCGAUAACACAGCCGCUCCACCAUCCGCCUCGUCGAAUGCGACUGCAGGUGAAUCCGGAGCCCAGCAGCGCACCAACGGCAACAAGGAAAGGAGCUCAUUGUCCCCAUCGUCAGUAUCGCAAACCGUUUCAUCAUCUGGGGUGGUGGUUGCGACGUCGAAAUCGAAGCACAACAAAACACAACACCACAAGCCCAGGCAAUUCAAUAUGCUGCAGCAUAAUUCCAGUGAGCUAAGUGAUACCGUUAUUGCAUCGGCAGCAGCGGCGGCGGCGGCGGCAGUCGUCGUCGCAUCAGGUGUGGUAUCACCAUCGUCGUUGGGAAAAGCUACCAACAGCUGCACCACCACCUCCUCCGCCGGCAUCGGCGGAGGUAAUGCCAAUAAAGCCACUGCCAACAGUAGCAGCGGAGGCAGCACCAACAACUGCAACAACACCAGAAACGGUGUAAAUUUACAUCACCAUGGUGAAAGUUCCACAUCCGAGAAGGAUAGCUCCCGGGAAAGUUCGAAAAGUCCGAUGCUGGUGAAGAUGCUGGACAAACAAGAACCCACCUGCCAAUGGUGUCGACGGGGGGUCCCUCCAGGCCAGAACGGAAUACUCGGCACUACAGAAGGUACCAUCUUUUGUUCAGAAUCGUGCUUCUCGCAGAGCCGUCGAGCUUCGUUCAAGCGAGCCAAAACAUGUGACUGGUGUCGCCACGUGAGGCAUGCCGUCAGCUACGUAGAUUUCCAGGAUGGUGUUACACAGUUGCAGUUUUGUUCGGAUAAAUGUCUCAACCAGUAUAAGAUGCAGAUUUUCUGCAACGAAACUCAAGCCCACCUGGACAUGAAUCCACAUCUCAAAGAGAAGAGUGCUUCGACAGGCAGUCUUAUAACUCCGGAUCUCUGGUUGAAGAACUGCAAGAGCCGAUCGGUGUCACCUACAUCUGAGCGAUCAGAAUCCGUUUCUCCUGCACCGUCGAUUACUAUGCGUCCAUCGCCAGAGCACUCUCCAGCGAUGCACUCACCACCUGCCAAAAAACCGAUGAUUUCUGUAGCACCCGCGUCUAAACUUCUUUCAAAGCCCGCUCAAGUUUCCAUAGUUCGGAGUAGCAGCAAAGUAAAUCGCAAACGUCGGCCAGGACUACGCCCUAUACAACACCCUGUGUUGCAAAGUCGGCGUAAUUCAACUCCCAAAAUUGAUUUCUCCCAAACCAACAACAAUAACUCGAAUGUAUUGAACAACAAUCUAGCUUCCGCAUGCUCAAACACGCUUUCGAAACCGGCCACUGUUACUAGUAGCGGUGUUCAGGAUCUGCGAACCGUGAUUCCGAUGCAAAAUCUACAACAUCCGUUGACUCCAACUAAAUUUGAGAACCGAGAAUCACCAAACGCGCCACGACCUUCACUCAACAUCCCUCACCAAUUCCUGCAAAUUCCGCCGAAUCCAGCCAUGCGACCACCAUUCUUUCCAAUGAACCCUAUGUUCAGGUUUGGAAAUCCCAACACCAUGCCACCACCACCGCCGGUCGGUACUCCCAUGCCCAAUUAUGAUCAUGCCGCAUCAAAUCGCCCUCCCGGAUCUAUAUUGGGCCUUCCCGUUCCGCCUGUCACUAUUCUUGUACCUUGCCCAAUAGUGAUACCCCUUCCCUUACCGAUUCCCAUUCCUAUCCCUUUGAUUGACUUCCUCAAAGCUACCAACCCAAAGUCACCGAAGCUGGAGCCUUCAACUAGUCAAACGCCCGAUAACCAACCUGAAGACAUAAGCGAUCCCGAACAGGAACCCGAGGCAGAGGAAUCCCCUCUAGACUUCACCAUCGCCGGCCACGGGCACCGAAGGCAACAGGAACAGGAGGAAGAGCUGAUGUCUGCCGGCAGGAACAGCUAUACUUUGGAGUCAGCUCACGGCGCCGGUGAUACAAGGGCUAACAAAACGGAAAACAGUCCGGAGCACAAGUUACCAAAAUUCAAGAUAACACGAUUGAAUAUGAGGCGAGUCGAAGAAGGCGAUGAGGGUGACAAGCAACCUACUGUGGUGAGGAUUAGGGAACAAAGGCCAGCCGAAGAAGAGCCGGACGAGAUGUGUACGGAGCUGGUGGAACGAAGUCGACCGCUGAGGAAAAGGAAACGACUGGUGGUGGCCCACCAUGAAGCGAUGGCUGCCGAACAGGACGAGGAAUCUGGCGGUGCUAAAGGUUAAAUUGGAAAUAUUGUCACAAUACUUCACAAAUCAUAUUGUCUGGGUGAUUUGAAUCACUGGUAUUAGGGAAUGGUAGUUCAUGAAGCGCUGAAUUGUUUGGUUAGGUUUUACUGGCAAUUGAAAUUGAAUGGUAAUCGAUUACAUGAAGUUGAUCUACGCAGUUCUAUAUUGUUAGGAAUGAUCGUUUUUCCACUUUACU